AUGGCGUCGUUACUUUGGGCCGGCGACGCCGGGGCAGCAGACAGCGAGCGGCUUAACGGCCAUUUUGCAAACCUUAUCCACCCCCGGAAGGCUCUUCCGGCUAUUAAGAGUACGGUCGCCUCAAAUGUAGAUAAUUUUGUUAAUCACAUAGAAGAUGAAGACGAUGAUGUGGUGGACUUGGCAGCAAAUUCACUCUUAAACAAGCUAAUCCGGCAGUCGUUAGUUGAAUCUAGUCACCAAGUCGAAGUCUUACAAAAAGAUCCCAGCUCUCCACUCUACUCGGUGAAAACGUUUGAAGAACUUCGUCUGAAGGAAGAGUUGCUAAAAGGUAUCUAUGCAAUGGGAUUUAAUAGACCAUCCAAAAUCCAAGAGAUGGCUCUCCCUAUGAUGCUGGCACAUCCACCCCAGAACCUCAUAGCCCAGAGCCAGUCUGGAACAGGGAAAACAGCUGCUUUUGUCCUGGCCAUGUUAAGCAGAGUUAAUGCCUUGGAAUUGUUCCCACAGUGCCUCUGCCUCGCUCCUACUUAUGAGUUGGCUCUGCAAACUGGCAGUGUGGUUGAGCGGAUGGGAAAAUUCUGUGUGGAUGUUCAAGUGAUGUAUGCCAUUCGAGGAAAUCGAAUUCCCAGAGGCACAGAUAUCACCAAACAGAUCAUAAUUGGCACUCCAGGUACUGUCCUAGAUUGGUGUUUCAAGAGAAAAUUAAUUGAUUUGACUAAGAUUCGUGUGUUUGUCCUGGAUGAAGCAGAUGUAAUGAUUGACACGCAAGGUUUCUCAGAUCAAAGCAUUCGAAUUCAGAGAGCUUUGCCCUCUGAAUGCCAGAUGCUCCUCUUCUCAGCGACCUUCGAAGACUCUGUGUGGCAGUUUGCAGAGCGCAUCAUUCCUGAUCACAACGUUAUCAAGUUACGGAAAGAGGAGUUGACCCUAAACAACAUCCGACAGUAUUAUGUGUUAUGCGAGAACAGGAACGACAAGUAUCAGGCUCUGUGCAAUAUCUAUGGUGGCAUCACUAUUGGUCAGGCCAUAAUCUUCUGUCAGACACGUCGGAAUGCCAAGUGGUUGACUGUGGAGAUGAUGCAGGAUGGCCACCAAGUGUCCUUGCUCAGUGGGGAGCUGAGUGUGGACCAGCGAGCCUCCAUCAUUCAGAGGUUUCGAGAUGGGAAAGAAAAAGUUCUUAUAACGACCAAUGUCUGCGCUCGAGGGAUUGAUGUGAAGCAGGUCACGAUCGUUGUGAAUUUUGAUCUCCCCGUAAACCAAGCUCAAGAGCCAGUCUAUGAGAUCUACCUACAUCGCAUAGGGCGGACUGGACGCUUUGGGAAAAAAGGCCUGGCCUUUAACAUGAUUGAAGUGGAUAAGCUGCCUCUGCUUAUGAAGAUCCAGGAUCACUUUAAUAGCAACAUUAAGCAGCUUGACCCUCAAGACAUGGAUGAAAUUGAAAAGAUUGAAUAUUGA